CAGAUUUUCAACACCAACCUAGUCAAGUCAGUGCUUCUGUGUGAUGGUUCAGAGACUUGGAGCGUUACGAAAGGGAUUUCCAAUAAACUACAGACAUUCACCAACAACUGCUUACGCUGGCUCGUUACUCAAGAUCAGAUGGAUUGCCAGAAAGAAUAAGCAACAAGGAACUGUGGCUGGCUGGCAACGAACCAACCAAGAACCUAUCACCCAAGAAGUAUGCAGUGGAAGGAAGUGGAGAUGGAUUGGGCAUACACUGAGAAGGCCGACUGGGGACAUCAUGCGUCAGGCCAGUCACUUGAGUGGAAUCCCCAUGGGGAGCGAUGAGUUGGACGUCCGAGGUGAGGGUGACGUGGAGGAGAUGGUGCGAGGAGGAAAUGGGAGCUUGUGGGCUGACGUGGAACCAGGUUCAAAAGAUUUCAGAGAACAGAUUUCACUGGAGACGUGCUAUUGAAGCCGUAUGUUCCAUUAGGAACCCAAGGGAC